AUGUCGAAAAGUUCGGGAGGGGACAAAUGGCUUAGCGAACUCGGCUACAAGCUGGGCCAGACGUUGGGCGAGGGCAGCUAUUCGAAGGUGAGGGUGGCCACUUCGGCCAAGUACAAAGGACCACUCGCCAUCAAGGUGGUUGACCGACGCCGGGCGCCCCCGGACUUCAUCCACAAGUUUCUCCCGCGAGAGCUCUCCAUCUUACGGGCCAUCCGCCACCCCAACAUCGUACGGGUCUUUGAGUUCAUUGAGGUCUGCAACGGGAAGCUGUACAUAGUGAUGGAAGCCGCUUCCACCGACCUGUUGCAACUGGUGCAGCAACUGGGGAACCUACCCUGCACCCCGGAAGCACGGGAAAUCUUCUCCCAGGUCGUGGGAGCUGUCCGCUACUUGCACGACCGCGACCUGGUGCAUCGUGACCUCAAGUGCGAGAAUGUGUUGCUCUCCGCAGAUACCCGCAGGGCAAAGCUGACCGACUUUGGCUUUGGCAGGGAGUCCCGUGGCUAUCCGGACCUGAGCACCACCUACUGUGGAUCAGCCGCCUAUGCCUCCCCCGAGGUGCUGCUGGGCAUCCCCUACGACCCCAAGAAGUAUGAUAUCUGGAGCUUGGGAGUGGUGCUGUACGUGAUGGUGACCGGCUGCAUGCCCUUCGACGACACCCACAUCCACAGCAUGCCACGCCACCAAAAGAAGGGCGUCUUCUACCCGGAGGGGGUCCCCGCCUUGCCUGACCCCUGCAAAGCUCUGAUCGCCCAGCUGUUGCAGUUCAGUCCAGCAUCCCGACCUGGGGUGGGGCAAGUAGCCAAAAACAGCUGGCUGAAAAGCGGACUCGUCAACAAAGAAUCCUCUCUUCGGUAG